AUGGAUAGCGAAGUUGCGCGCGUCCAAAUUGAGGACAUUGCACGGCUCAAGGAACGCAAAAAGCUUACAUAUUUGCUUGACGGCUUAUAUGGGUCUUUGGCUGCUGAAGUCAAUCAGCCUCCAAUUGUGUUGAACCUUGAGGACAUGACGGGGCACCGAGGUUCUGCAGACAAACUCCUUGAAGUCUCCAUGAAUGCUUUGGAAAGAAUGGAGAUCGGAGAUGGACGUAACAUAAUCGCGGCAACAACUGACAAUCCCACCGUGAUGAAAGCAUUCCGACGGAAGUUCCAAGAGAAAUUUUACUGGGUUCUCACCUUCCCAUGCUUUCUCCACGGCCUCAAUACAAUCAUCGGAGAAAUAUGUGCACACCUGUUUAUGAAGCGGCAUGUGACAAAAGCUACUCGGGUAGUGACAUUCUUUAAUGGGUCCCACUACUGGGGUGGUCAGUUGAAAGAACAGGCGAAAAAGGAUGGCAUCAACCGUGGAUUGAAGAAAAACUGCGAGUCUCGUUGGUAUGCACUCGUUCUCCAGUCAAUGAGUGUCCAUGAUCAUAGACAAUCACUUUCCCAUUUAUGUCUGCGGGAAGAUGCACAGAAGAAGAUUGGAGGCCUCUCUCCUGUUGCCCCAGAUGUUGUUACCAUUGUCCUUCGCGACGCAGAGUUUUGGCCCGCCAUUGAACAAGGGAUCAAGGUCAUGAAGCCAAUUGUUGACCUUAUCGGAGAUGAGGAGUCCCGCGAUUCGCCACUUGCUUCAUGCAUGCUUGGGCUAAUUCGGCUCGCAAAGACAAUCUCUCAGUUGCCAAUCGAAGAUGGAGAUAAUGUUGACUUCUGGCAACACACCAAGGCUGUCUUCAACCGACCCGUAAAUGGACGUUCAUUCAAGUUUAUGGUGGAGGUAGCUCUCGACAUUGCUAAACAGUGGCGAUGGAGCGAACAGCUCGCGAAAAUGCUCGUUGCUGACUUAAAAGAUUAUCACAAAUCCUCGGGAGUAUUUUCUGGAGGGCAGGCCGAUGCACUCGAUUGGUGGGAAACCCUCCCUAUCAGUGCCGAGCGCUGUCCAUUGAAAGCAUUCACAGUCAUAAUCCACUCGAUCGUACCUCAUGCUGCCGACGUCGAGCAUUAUUUCUCGGGUCUGGGUGGGGUACAAUCCAUGAAGCGCUGCAACUUAUCAGUUCAGACUUUCGAGUCUCUUAGCAAACUCCGGGCAAGCUACGCAAAUUUCUUACACAAGGUGGAUCACGAAGCUGGCAAGCCCACACGUCGAAAACACGCCCAUAUGCACACUCGGCCAGAGCACGGACUCGACACAGCCUUGGCAGUGGAACUUCAAAGGUCUUUUGCAUGGGUGCCUCCACUUGCUGGUGCCUCUUGCAACUCAGACGACGAAUUUCUCGCAGGUCCGGAGUCAAUUACGGAUGAGGAGUUGCUCGAAGAAUUUGACAGGUUUGAAAACGAGAUGCUGGAAUCGCGAGGCUUGCAAGAAGGUACUGGCGAAGUCCCAGAUAUUUUCAAGGGAGAUAUUAUUGAUUGGAACGAGCUGGAGAAGGUCGAUAAAGGAAUCACACCCACAGGGUUUGUCGAAGAGAUUGAUGUGGUUGCCCGUGGGUCACAAGGCAUGGAGCCAGGCUGGAACAUCAAUGCGCUGUUGACGUCAGAGGGUGUAGCGCAAUAG